GCACAAUAAAAAAUAUCGAGGCGAAAGUGAUGAAGGUCUAUUUAUCUAAAUAAUAACAAUAUUUAAGAUGCCGUUUUUUAGCCAAAGUUCUCCUUUUGACCAAGAUGUUGAAAAAGCCACUAAUGAAGUUAAUACUUCAGAGGACUGGAGCCUUAUUUUGGAUAUUUGUGAGAAAGUUGGAAGAACACCAAAUGGAAGUCGAGAUUGCCUCAAAUCAAUAAUAAAACGAUUAAACCAUCGUGUUCCAUUUGUUGCCAUGCAAGCACUUACACUUCUGGAUGCUUGUAUAAACAACUGUGGUCGUCCAUUUCAUCUUGAAAUUUCUUCUCGUGACUUCAUGUCUGAGUGCCGGUCACUGUUUUCACAAAAGACACAUCCAAAGGUUACUCAGAAGCUGAGAUUUCUCAUCAAGAAAUGGGCCGAGCUGCCAGAAUUUAAAGAUGACCCAGCUCUCAACCUUAUUCCAUCACUGUAUGAUAGUUUGAAGAAGGAAGGUGCAGACUUUUCCGAUCCUGAUGCUGGGCCGAAGAAAGCUACUACUAGUUUAGAUGUAGCUAAGGAAGAAGAUGACAUUGCUCAGGCCAUUGCCUUAUCAUUACAAGAAGCUGAUAAGAAGACCACCAAGGCUUCCACGAGUCUGUAUCCAAGUAGUAUUAAUGCCGUGUCCGGUGCGUAUGAGUCAAGUUCAGCUUCAAGAGAAACGAGGAAGGUCCGAGCUCUCUACGACUUUGAAGCAGCAGAAGAUAACGAGUUGACGUUUAAAGCCGGCGAGCUCAUCAGUGUGAUGGAUGACAGUGACCCCAACUGGUGGAAGGGAUUGAACCAUCGAGGCGAAGGUCUAUUUCCUGCCAACUUUGUUACAGCUGAUCUAACCGUGGAGCCAGAGGAUGCUAAAGAGAAGAAGAGUGUUCAGUUCAGUGAGGAGGUUGAGGUGAAAACGAUGGAAGCCAUCCCAGUGGAAGACGUAGAGAUAGAUGAAAGUAAAAUAGAUCAGACGUUACAGCUAAUACAGAAUGCUGACCCCACUGGUGUCAACCAGCCAGACACUGGCGAAAUGCUCAACUUAGAAGAACAGUGUAAAGUUAUGGGACCAUUGAUAGAUGCAGAGUUAGAAAAAAUAGAUAGAGACCAUGCGAACCAGUCAUACAGGGAUGGUGUAUGGGGGUGUGGGGUGUAG